CGGCCAUUGGGGGACGACUGUGUCCUGCCACACCCAAUGUCACCUGCCGCCCCACCACGGGGACAGCUCCCAGCACGCCUCCCGGCAGCAGGACUACAACUCCCAGCGCACCCCUCGGCGGCAGGACUACAACUCCCGGCGUGCUGUGUGGCGGAGGGACAUCAACUCUCCGUGUGGCGGGAGCCCCGAGCCUUCAGCGCGGAGCCCUCAGCCCUGGCCGAGCGGGUCCCGCCGAGCGCGGGCCGCAGCCCGCCCCGCCACCCGCCGCGGGCCCUGCCCAGGAGGGUCUCGGCUGGCGGCGGGCGGAGCGGCACGGCCGCGUUCAGGGCACCGAUCCCAUCUCCAAAGUCCCUCCAGCCUAAUGGAGCCAGCGAAGAAGCCCUGCGGUGUGAAAUUGAAGAGCUGAAGCAGAAAGACCUUGCUCUAGACCAGGAAAUUGCACAAUUAUUGUCUGAGGGCUACAGCCUGGAGGAACUGGACAAGCACAUCUCUCUGCUCCAUGAGUACAAUGAAAUCAAAGAUGCUGGGCAGAUGCUCCUGGGCAAGCUGGCUGUUAUCCGAGGGGUCACUACAAAACAGCUCUAUCCUGAGUAUGACCUGGAGCUCAGUGACUAGUCCUGAACCUGGAGAUUGCCAUGUCCUGGAAAAGUUACUGUCACUGGGCCAUUGCAAGUUGGUGUCAUCCUGGUAUAGAAGAGACAGAAGGUGGAACUUUGGAAAAGGGAUAUAGUAUUUUAGAUAAUUUAAUGUAUUACCUGAUCAAGAGGAUGAUAUUUUUUUUUAUCUUUUUUUUUUUUUGAAAGGUUGUAGUUCAGGUUGAUGUUGAGCCUUUUCCAUGAAGCCUUUGAUUCCCUGCAGUAUCUAGGGAGUGUUUGGUUGCUGAAUGGAUAGAGGAAGUGAGGACACACAAAUGUGCAAUGUAAUAGCUGCUUUGAAAGGAAAUCCCUCAGAAGAAGGGAGGGAAGAAGACAGAAAUUGUGGUGGUUUUGGGUUUUAUUUUGUUUUAUCAACAAAUCCAGAGAAGUCUGGGUGUUCUGCAUUCUUGUACUUACCUACUCUGGUAUCUGGAGGUUUUAUAUCAUUUCUGUAGUAAAUGGCAAAAUGUAAAGUUGUGUCCACUCUGAAUAAAGCAGCCUUCACAUC